UUUGCUAACGUUUCUGCGAUACUGUUCUCUUGAGUUCCCGCAAGGCAGCGAAGAUGAAGAUCGGAUUGUGCUCGUUCAGCGGGUAUAAAAUUUACCCUGGCCAUGGGAAGCGGAUGGUCAAGACCGAUGGCAAAACGUUUCACUUCCUGAACGCCAAAUGCGAGGCGUCGCACAUGAUGAAGCGGAACCCGCGUAAGGUGACGUGGACUGUGCUCUACCGGCGCAAGCACAAGAAGGGCAUCGAGGAGGAGACGACAAAGAGGCGCACCAAGCGCACGGCGAAGUUUCAGCGUGCCAUCGUCGGCGCCAGCCUUAACGACAUCAUGGCUCGGCGGAACAUGAAGCCCGAAGUGCGCAAGGCGCAGCGCGAGCAGGCCAUCCGGGCGGCCAAGGAAAAGCAGAGGGCACAGAAAGCACAAAAGAAGUCUGCUGCUACACCUCUCCAGAAGGCCGCCCAGAAGCAGAAAGCUACCAAGCCUGUGCAGGUGAAGGCACCCAGGGUUGGAGGCAAGCGCUAAACAGGGAUUGGCAUGUAUUAAAAAGAAAAAGAAAAAAACUUGUCUAUAGAACAACUGA